AUAUACGUUCUCUGGUUCUCUGUCGUAUGUCAAAUCGUUCUGACAUUAAAAAUGUCAAAUUUACGCGUAAGUUGUGAGUUGCCAGAUUGCAACGCUAGGGUUGCCAAAUCCCGAACCGAUGAACCAGUUUUCUCUAACCUAUGGGUAAUCAUACGCAGAGAUAACUAAAAAAAUCAUUUUCAGUAACAGAUGGAUAACCAAACAAGAAGCCAACGCAAAGGACGCUGUUAACCAAAGAUUUCCAAAAUAGUUGUUAAAUUAGAGCAAUUCGGGAUACACCAACGUGUAGUAAAUGAGAAGAUAUACUUACUCCCUAGGCUAUAACAAAAGUAACCUUUUGGAUAAUUACUGGUAACCUUCCCCAUUUUAUAGAAGUGUUACUUGAACAUGAAGUUAUCGAAGUUAAAUUACUCAAUAUGACAGAUCUAUUAGUCAGUACAUAAAAUGCCUUUUCUGUGUUCAUAGCAAUAAGCAAGUUGCCAGUUUUUUCUUAAACUUAUUAUAUUUCUGUAUACGUUGGUUACACUGAAUAUAUGCUCAUAAAAAAAGAAAUAGUAAAAACAAAAUUUAAAAUAUACAGUUGUAAGUUGGAAUAAAAUUUUUUUUUAUUGUUAUAUCUAUUAAAUCUAAUAACGCUCAUGGCUAUUAGGGGUCACAGUAAACAUCAUUUCGAAAUUUCCGAUUCCGUUGAAAGAAUUUUUAAUAAUGUUUACGUGGUUAGAGAAGGUUUGGUUAUUUCCUCCUCAAAAAAGAAAAAUAAAUUACCGAAUGAGAAAUACACCUUCUGGCAGAUAAAAAAACCAAAAAUUAGUAAAAAUAAUAAAACAUAUUUGGAGUACAAAAGUAGUUUCGCACACAAGUUUUUUAAUGCAUUCUAUAACGAAAUUAAUGGGAGAAGCAACAAGUUUCGCCUCAAAGACAUAAGGAGGAGUAAUAAGAAACUAUGUGAAGGCUAUACGCAGAAAUAUUCAUUAAAACUCCAGAAUUAUAAAUUUUCUUCUUCACAAGAUUUUCACUCUAAUGGAAUAAAAAGUUUGAAUAGGCGAAAUUUGGGCAACUAUUCCCUAAUUUCACAGGAUAACUUUACACAAAAUGCAAAUGUGUAUAUAAGUCAUCACUGCAUCUUGGACGACAUUCUAAAAACGAAAAGGUCUUGCUUUAAAAAUGAGAAACAUGAUUACGCUAUUCCCCAUGGUUUUGAAACCAGAAAUAACAUACAAAAAUUUUUUACAAAAACAUUAUAUUCAGUCCAAGGAAUUAUGGUACGGUCCAAGGAAGUAUGUCCUUUAACUCUGAUAUUGCAAAUAAAAAAGAGAAAUAUGAGUACGGUGCUGACAAAUUAGUAUCACUUGCUCAUAUAUGUAAAUCUUGCGCUUCAUCUCAGUUAUCCAAUGGAAGCGGAUAUUUUAAAAAUGAAUGUAAUUCUGUAAUUGACAAUUUUUCGCUAUUACAAAAAAAUCGUAUUCCCACCAAAAAUGUAACUAAUCCAGUAUUAUAUAAUGAAAAUAAAUUAUAUAAUUACGCAUUAGAAAGGCAAUAUAGUGAAAAAUACGCUCCUCAAAAUAGUAUAAUUACUUUAUUGAAUAUGCACAAAGUGCCUGGUUGCGAACUAAUGAUCAGCAAGGGACAGGAAAGGUCAAACAGUUUAAGUCUGGCUUCCAAAGCAGACCAAGUCCAAGAACAAACCGAUAUCAAUGAUCUAGUAAUACAUGCUUCAUAUACAUCGUCUUUGGAAUCUGUACUGCGUUCUCCGGAAGUAAAAAAAACUGAUAUAGGAAAUUUAAAUUAUGACAUAAAAUCGGUUUCUAAUUUAUUAUUAUUCGCGAAAUAUGUUUCAGUAUUAAGAGUUUCAGAGAACAAUAUACCAUAUGUGGAAAAAAACAUUAAAAUAUCUUCACAUAAUAAAUUUAUUUCAAAACAAAAGGUGCUUGAUGAGACAUCAAAUUUUAAGCAAACGCAUUCCGCAAAUGUCCAUAACAUGAAAAAUAGAUGUAAAUCUGAUAAUAGCUCUUCGAAAAUUAAAACUACACAUUUUUUAUUACAAGCAAACGACCUCUUUCGAAUGAAGUAUAAUUACUGCAUUAAGUUCUCAAUUUUAAUAGAGAAUAUGGAUUUAAUUUUAUUUACUUUUGACCAUCCGUACUGUCUUUUGGAAUCAAAAAAGGUCAAAGAAACAGAUACUAUUGACAAACAAGGUUGCAAAUACGAUUCACUUUUCAAAUCAUCUUUGGGCUUAGAAAAGUUGAUAUACAACUUAUUCAAUAUGUCGGAAAAUAUUACAACAAAGGCGCAGAAAAACGCCCAAGAAACCAGAAGCGUGCAAGUUUUGGAUAUCCAAAGUCACAAAAGGCUCAACUCUUUAUCAAAUGUAACUUCCACUAUAAUAUGUAGAAAGAAUGUUCAGCAUGAGCUAACUUUUGCUGCUAAGAUGACAGAUUUUAGCGAGGAUGAAAUAAUAUUAACUAACGACUCACAAAACAGAAAAAGUAAUAAUGUCAAAAUUAUAAAGAAUGGAAAUUGCUUAUUUAUCACCGGUUCAAAGGUUUCUAGAACCGAAAUGAUAUCGAAUCGAAAGAUAAAACUAAAAGUGAGUUCAGUCUUAAAAUUAUUCAAGGACACAAAGUAUGUUCCAUUCGACAAUUUUACUGUUAACGCAUCAGAAAAUGAUGGAGCUGUUCAACAGGAAAUAUCCAAAGAAAAUAUGCAUGCACCCGUAGUAUGCUCGAUCGGAAAAUAUGAUGGCGUAUUAAAUUGUGAUUAUAAAUCAAAUAUUAGUGUAAUAAAUAUACUGAGCAAAUGUGAAAACAAUAAUACACUGGGUUACUUUCAACAGAAAUGUAACUCUAUGUCUAAUUUAUAUACAUGUGAUAGUACAGAUUUCGUUUUAUUCUCAUAUCAUUCUUCAAAUAUUAAUAUAGUUGAUUCCAGAAUUAUAAUUGAUUCAAUAUAUUAUGUUCAUUUAAAUGAUUUAUUUGACUUAAAUAUGUCUGCAACAUGUAUGAAUAAUAUGUUAGAUUACCGUACCUGUACCCCUCUAACUAAAUAUGUGAAAUCCGAGCAAUGUAACUGUUCAAAAUUGUAUACUAUUAAAUAUAUACCUGGGUCUAUUUCUAACUGUAGAGAUAUUAGAAAUGCUAUAUACGAAAGCAAAACAAACUUAACUUUUGAAGGCAAUAAUAUUUUAUACAACAUCCAAAGUGCAGAGCAGCAAGAACUUUGUAAAUUAAAUAAAGCUAAAAAAUAUAUAGUUCUUAGUGAUUGUAUACCCACAAAGCAAUUAGAUAACGAAGCAAUAUCUCCUAAAUUAAACUCAAGAUUGAAUAAUGAUGCAAUUUUUAAACAUUUUUCUAUUAUCGACAACUCUAAGAAAAAAUAUAAA